AUGGAAGACAGUAAACAGGACAAGAUUGAGACGAAAUUGAACCAUGGAAGGAAACGACGGGAAAACGCCGGCACGCGUUCUCUUGAUCCCAAUUAUGAGUGGCCAACGAGUUUUGGAAGAAUGAAUGCGCUUGCGAAGGAUAAUGAUGUUAGAGAAACCCUUGAGAAAGACAUCAUGACAUCCCACCAGACAGCAAGUUCCGUUCAUACAACGAAAUCGAAACACUCAAAUUCCAGAAGUGAUAUCCAAAGGAAGAAACUUGCCUUUGAAACGGAAAAACAAAAGAUGGAAAUAGAAAAUAGAAUGAUGGAAAUGGAAAUGCAAAUGAAGAAAGAAAAAAUGAAGUUGAAGUUAAUCGAGAUGGAGAGUGCAGUGAAAGAAGCUGAAAUCAUAGAAAUGGAAGAUACAAGUUCAGAAUUAACUUCAGCAGCGACAAAAUCGACGAAUCGAGGCAGGUUGAAUGCAAAUUUUUAUUCUGAAAAUAUAAUUCGUAAUCCUGUUGAAGAACGUCACUCUUCAAAAUACCCUCCAGUGUCUACAACUAUACACAAUCAGGAGUUAGACAAAAAUCAGAUUGUUUCGGACUGGGUCAAUGCUAUAAAUCCCAGUCAAAUUGAUGAUUACCCGAACCCUGUUAUUCAAAAUAAGGUUGAAUCAGAUGUUGAUAAACUUUGCAAAGCCUUGAGUGAAGUUUUGAGAACUGUUAAUCCAGCGCCCACAAAAGUGAAACCUGAUGCCUUUUUUGCACGACAAUCUAUAGAAAGAGAAUGUCCAAUAUUUGAUGGAAAAUCAGAAGACUGGCCGAUAUUCAUCUCUCAUUUCAGGAAGAUAUCCACAAUGUGCGACUAUACAAAGGAAGAGUCAAUGAUGAAAUUACAGAAAUGUCUGAGGGGAGAAGCAAAACAAGCCGUUGCUGGUAUGAUGAUCAGUCCUGAAAACAUUGAACAAGUAAUUAAGACUCUUGAAAUGAGAUUUGGUAUACCGGACCAAAUUAUUGAUACAAUUCUGGAUAAAUUGAAAACCUUCUAUCCAAUUCGCGAAAAUGAUAUGGAAAAAAUCAUACAAUUCGCAAGUCAUGUGAACUCAUUAGUCAGCACGAUAAAAUCAUUAAAUUAUGAUGCCCAUCUGCAGAAUCCCAGUGUUUUGAAAAUGAUGUUACGGAAAUUACCUGAUAUGUUGAAACUUCGUUGGGGCGAGGAAAUUUUGAAGAAAAAUGGUGACGUUAAUCUUGAAGAUUUUGCCUUAUGGUUAAUGCAAAUAGCCAAUGCCGCAUGUUUUGUUACAACGCCCAGAACGUCAUAUGACACAAAAAAUACAUCGAGAACACAAAAUUUUUAUAAUAAGAAGAUCGAGAAGAUUUUGAUGAUAUCUACAUCACGAAACUCAAUGAAUUGUGGGUACUGCAGCAGUAACGGACACACAACAAAUAAAUGUGAAAACAUUGUAGCUGACGAUAUUGAAACCAGGUGGAAAACUGUAACGAAGAAUAAAUUAUGCUUUUCCUGUCUCAGAAACAAUCAUCAGGCAGUAAAAUGUCGGCUGAAGAAAAUUUGUGGCGUCAAUGGUUGUAAACGUUUCCAUCAUCGAUACUUACAUAAAGAUGAAACCACUAAGAUUCCAAACGAAGAAACUCAAGAAAAUGCAAGUCCUGUGAACUCUUAUGAACCACUCUUUACUACCAGAGAUGGUGGGAGUGUUCUGCUUAGAAUGAUAAAUGUCAAAAUUUUUGGUAAUGGCAGAAUAAUACAUACAGUCGCCUUGUGUGAUGAAGCAUCUUCUGUUAGCCUAAUAGACCAUUCACUUCUUGAAGAUCUCAAUAUUCACGGGGAAGUCCAACCGUUAUGUGUUCAAUGGACCAACCAGAUGACAGCACGACACGAAGAUUCGAUAUGUGUUAAUUUGAAAAUUUCAGGAAACUAUGAAGAAGCCAAAACAUUCACAAUGAAAAACGUCCGCUCAGUAAAAAAUUUGUCGCUACCAAAACAACAUGUCUCAGCUUCAGAAUGGCAAAAAUUGUCAUUCUUGAAUGGAAUACCGCUAGAGGACAUAUGUGAACAGCCAAUGAUUCUUAUAGGGCAGGAUAACAUAAGACUUACUCUUCCUAGACGGAUCAUCCAAGGUCCUGAACAUCUACCAAUAGCAACCAAGACUCACCUCGGCUGGAUCCUUCAUGGGAAUACUUCCGGCAGGACAGAAGAAAAAUAUAUUUUUCAUAUAUGCGACAAUAAUCUUUCCGAUGAAAAAUUUCAUGUAUGCGACAAUCCGUAUUCAGACGAAAUGCUUCAUAAGUUAGUGAAAGAAUCAUUCACGUUGGAUGCCUUCGGUGUUUCGGCUUCAGCACAAACAAAAAGAGAUAAAGAAAAUGAUAGAGCUGUUGAUGUAAUGAAACGCACCAUAAAUCGAAUCGGGCAAAGAUUCGAAAUAGGACUACUUUGGAAAGAAGAUGAUAUGAAAUUACCAGGAAGUAAAUCAGUCGCCUAUCGAAGACUAUUAUGCGUCGAAAAACAGAUGCUGAAAGAUGAUAUCUUCAAAAAGAAAUAUUGCGAUAACAUCCAGAAAUACAUAGAUAAAGGAUAUGCACGCAAACUGACCGGAGAAGAAGCGAAGAAAGAAGGAGCAAGAACUUGGUACCUUCCUCAUUUUGGUGUAAUCAACCCACAUAAACCCCAGAAACUCCGACUUGUAUUUGACGCUGCAGCUAAAUCUCAUGGAAUAUCUUUGAACAGUAAUCUUCUUGCUGGUCCCGAUUACCUUCAAUCUCUAGUGGCAGUUUUGAUAAGAUUCAGGGAAAGAAAAGUUGCAUUUUCCAGUGACAUUCGAGAAAUGUUUCAUCAAGUCAGAAUAACAGAAAUAGACCAAGAUUCUCAACGGUUUUUGUGGAGAAACGGUGAAACAAAUCGACAUUGUGAUGUAUAUCAGAUGCAGGUCAUGACAUUUGGUGCUACGUGCUCCCCCACUUGUGCCCAAUAUGUAAAAAAUUGCAAUGCUCGUCAAGUUGGAACAUCGGAGAGAGUAAUAGAAGCAAUAACCAGACGUCAUUAUGUUGAUGAUUAUUUGGACUGUGUUGAUUCUCCUCUAGAAGCAUACAAUCUUAUAACAGAAGUAAGCAGAACACAAUCUGAAGCGGGUUUCGAAUUGGUGAAUUGGACUACCAAUUCAAAAGAACUGAUGAAAAUGAUGUCCUUCGAUGAAAAUCUAAAUAAAGAUCUGAACCUUGAUAUGGAGAUGUCUCUGCAAAGAGUUCUAGGACUGUCAUGGAGCUCAGCUGAAGAUAAACUCGUUUUCAAGUUGAAUUUCCAUCCUGAACAGAAUCGAGAGAGACCUACGAAACGACAUGUGCUGAGAAUAAUAAUGUCUGUUUUUGAUCCACUCGGUUUUCUUGUGAACUUCAUAAUUCGAGGCAGGAUUUUGGUCCAAGAUAUUUGGCGAAGUGGCAUUGGAUGGGAUGACUUCAUAGAUGACGACAUAUAUAAAACAUGGUUAUUAUGGCUAGCAGAUCUACAAAAAGUGAUCAGUUUAAAAAUUCCGCGGUGUUAUUCCCUUAAAAUUCCUGUAGCUGAAAGUAUCGAAUUGCAUGUCUUUUGUGAUAGCAGCAAAAAAGCGUUUGCAGCUGUUGCAUAUUUGCGAAUAAUACAUGCUUGCGGCAUAGACAUUUCAUUUGUAUUUGCCAAAGCCAGGGUUUCUCCAACCAAACCCAUAUCUAUUCCUAGGCUAGAAUUACAAGCAGCAGUAAUGGGAACCAGAAUAGCGAAGACACUCAAGAACGAACUUGAUAUUAAAAUUAAUCAAACAUAUUUUUGGACAGACUCGUCUACAGUGCUCUAUUGGAUUUGUAGCGAUGGAAGACAGUUGGGACAAUUUGAAUCGCAUAGAGUUGGAGAAAUUCAGGAAUCGUCCGAGACAAAAGAAUGGAAUUGGAUACCAACGAAACUCAACAUUGCCGAUCUAGCUACAAGGACAUACAAUGAAGAUGGUAGUAACUCUAUAAAUUUCGAAAAUUGGUUCCUAGGGCCGACGUUCUUACUCCAAAAAGACAAGACAAAAUGGCCAACAAAAAAUUUUUCUCGGAAUCCUUCCAGUGGAAACAAGGAAGAAUUUGAAAAUUGCGUUUUGACCAUCUUUCAAGAUCAAUCUGCACUACCAGAUAUAAAAAGAUUCUCUAAAUGGAUCAAAUUAAUAAGAGCCACUGCUAGAGUUUUAAAGUUCAUUAAAAUACUAAGGAACUCAAUAUCUUUGGAUAGCAGAAUCGAAAAAGCGCUGAAACUUGAUGACAUUCAAGAAGCUGAGGUUUUCUGGAUUAGACAGUGCCAAAAAGAAAGUUUCUCCGGUGAAAUCAUGGAAAUACAACGAAGACAAAAAAUUAAAAGACAAAGUAGACUUCGCAAUCUUAUGCCCAUGAUCGAUAGUAGAGGUAUUCUAGAGAUUCAGGGAAGAACUAAUUUGGCACCUUUCAUGAGAGAAUCUGCAAAGCAUCCAAUAAUAUUACCAAAUAAGCACCCCUUCACACGUCUCCUGAUACAGCAUUAUCAUGAAAAGUACGGACACCAAGGAAUUGAAUUAGUUCUCAAUGAAUUAAGGCAAAAUUAUUGGAUCAUAGACGGUCGCUCAGCUGUUAAAUCAGUCUUUGCCAGCUGUCAAUUUUGUAGAAUAAGGAGAGCUAAACCGCAAGUACCGUUGAUGGGACAGCUGCCAGUAGAAAGAUUAACACCCAGAGUGAAACCCUUUACAUUUACUGGAAUUGACUACUUCGGACCUCUAACUGUAACAGUUGGUAGAAGACACGAAAAGAGAUGGGGAGUUUUAUUCACUUGUUUGACGAUCCGAGCAGUCCAUCUCGAAGUAGCCCAUUCCCUUUCUACAGACUCAACAAUAAUGGCGUUGAGAAGGUUCAUAGCACGACGAGGACGACCAAAAACAAUUUUUUCGGACAAUGGCACAAAUCUACGUGGAGCUAUGGAUGAAUUAAAAAGAGCUAUUAGAAACAUUGACCAGAAUAAAGUUGAAAACGAUAUGCAGCUAAAAGAAAUCGAAUGGAAGAACAUUCCACCUGCAGCUCCUCACAUGGGGGGAGUAUGGGAACGACUUAUUCGUUCCGUUAAAAAAACCUUUCAUGUCAUUUUAGCGACACAAAGGUUAAAAGACGAACUAUUGUUGACACUCUUUGCUGAAAUUGAGAACAUGAUCAACACUAGACCAAUUACAAAAGUCUCUACAGAUCCAGAUGACUGGGAAGCUUUGACGCCAAAUCAUUUCCUCCUUGGAACCUCCAAUGGUGAUUGUUUUGGAGAAAUGGGAAAUAUAGAAUUGAAACGAGAAUGGAGGAAAGUACAAAGAAUUACAAAUGAGUACUGGAAAAGAUGGAUGAAGGAGUACUUACCAAGACUGACCAAGAGAAAUGUAUGGUGUAAUGAUAGUAAACCAAUCACGAAGGGAGAUAUUGUUAUAAUAAUUGAAGAUAAUGUCUUGAGAAGCUCUUGGAAAUUAGGCAGAGUUGAAGAAGUUUUUCCUGGUCCAGACGGUCGAAUAAGAGUAGCCAACGUCAAAACCAAAAAUGGAAUUUUAAAACGACCCGUAACAAAAUUAGCGAGAGUGAUAGAACAGACCUAA